UGCAUCUGUUUUAGCAACACAGUCUUCCGUAUCUGUGGGAGUAUUCCGAAUAUGUGGUUCACGAUUGUCCUACUUGGACUUCUGCCCCAGCUAACCCUCAGCGUUCGCUGUACCAGUGGGUGCGUUUGCGACAUUAGAGGUUUAGCAAAAUGCACUGGGGAUUCCAUCACUGAUAUCCCCCCUCUCGACCCAACAACAACCUUCCUACUUAUGCUAAACAACACAAACAUAAAGAUCCUCAAAAACCGAAGCUUUCAGCCGUUCUCUCUUCUGCUACGCCUGAUGAUCAACAGCACUCUCGACACCAUUCAACCAGAAGCCUUCCACGGUGCUUCACAGCUUCUGUCCAUUAAACUGUCAUCAAACUCACUCUCUGUCUUCCCACUCAGGGUGUUUAGUGAGCAGAGCGAAUUACAGCAACUCCAGCUAGAUGGUAACCAAAUAGCUUCCGUUAGUUCACAACUCUUUGAGACGACGGUGAACCUAACUGAGCUAAAUCUGAGCAAGAACCGCAUCUCCCAGUUGGACGCUGACGUCUUCCAGCACUUGACCAAGCUGAAUCAUCUAUACCUAGCUGAUAACCAAUUGAGGAACCUCCCGGGGAGCCUUUUUCACAACCUUCGGCAACUCAAAUCUCUGGUGCUCUCGUCCAACCAGUUGGAGACUCUUGAAAGUGGUUCCUUUGACCAUCUAAGCAACCUGUUGGUGCUAAUGCUACAGAAGAAUAAGAUCCGAAAGAUCCCACCACGUCUUUUCUGGCACUUGCCAUCCCUGAUCACCCUCACGAUGUCGAGCAACCAACUCCGGUAUCUUCCAGCUGAGAGCUUCUACUACUUGUUCAACCUGACCAAGCUCACCCUCUACAAGAACCCAUUGUUAACCCUACCGGACCAGCUUAUGGGACACAUGCCGAGGCUCCAAGAGCUUUACCUUUACGAAACCAAUCUGUCCACUGUCCCAUGGAACCUUUUUGCAAACAUGACCAACCUACGGUUUCUCAAUUUACACUUCAACACCAGGUUGACCUCCCUACCAAAGAACCUCUUCUGUUGCCUGCCCAAACUUAAGAAACUGUCCCUGAAGAACAACAACCUUCGGGAACUGGACCAGGAACUCUUCUCCAACUUGAUUAGCCUUCAAAUUCUGAUGCUUAAUGAGAACAAGCUCGAGUCUCUUCCUUCGGCAAUCUUUCGCAACACCUCAAAACUCGAAUUACUAGACCUGAACCACAAUCAUCUGAGGUAUCUCCCUGGAGAUGUUUUUGUACACGCAAGGGCGCUGAAGGAUCUCUUCCUUAGCAACAACAAAUGGAAUUGCGAUUGUAGCAUUUUGGGUAUUGCAGAAUGGAUUCGUGAAAACCUGAAACUAAUCAGCGACUUGGACAAAGGAGUAACAUGCUAUGAACCGUACCAGCUUAAAAAUCAUCAGCUGCAAUCGCUGACUUACAAACAACUUCGUUGUGGUGUUUUCCAGACAACAUUUAUGACGACAAGUGCCAUUACCACUGGGGCUCCAUUGACACCAACCCCGGCUACAAGCACAACGUCAAUACGUACUUCAACUGCAGCUACAGGUACUUUUACAACACCCGCUUCUCUACUUUCUCCAACACCUGAUCAUAUUUAUGUGAAACGGACCAAUGAUCCGGUGUUCUACGAUACAAUUGUGCUGGAUAACGGACCUGAAAUUGUGCACAACAAUCGUUACAAUGGCUGGGUGUACCUGUGGACUGUCCCAUCGACGGGUCCCUACAGUGGCUUCAUGAUGGCUUUGUACAUUGUUCUCUUGGUCACUGGUGUAGUCCUGAUUGUGGCCAGCUUGUAUGCUUUGUAUCGACUUCAUAAGGUGGUGUGGGUGUUAGGAAAUGUCACUAUGGGAGACAAUCUAAAGGCUAGAAGAGUGCGAAGCUUCAAAGUCAAACUCUAGAGAAGCUUAAAAA